GCAACGGCUGAAGCACCCAGUGGCGAAGCCCUGAACGUGGAACGUCUUUUCACGAGGGAUGAUGUGCAGACAACGGCUGAAGCACCCAGUGGCGAAGCGCUGAACGUGGAACGUCUCUUCACGAGGGAUGAUGUGCAGAGUUUGCUGCGGCGUCUCACCGGAAUGAAUUUGCAAGAGAAAUUAUUCAGAGAGCGGAGGCUGAGCCGACCACAACGAUCGCAUUUCGCCCUGAUGACCGAUGAAGCAUUCCAGAAGACAGUAAAAAGUAUGCGGAAUAUUGGUGAGCAUUUUCUCCAGUUCGUGCCGGUGCUGGAGCCACGUUGCAGUUCGACGACAGUGAAAAGUAUGCGGAACAUUGGUGAGCAUUUUCUCCAGUUUGUGCCGGUGCUGGAGCCACGUUGCAGUUCGACUGUGAUCCUGGCAAAAGAUCCAGAACUGGAUUGUUUUGAUGAGAGCAAAUUUGUCUUCACCGAUCUUUCGUUCGGCCUUGGAGUUCGGAUACGUUCAGUUGUUGUACGUGAAACGGACGGGACUUUACGGAGCGCGAGCCCAGAAGAACGCGACAGGAUGGGGCGAGUGUACAGAGGGCAUCCUCAUCGACCGGUGAACGAACCUCAACUUUUCAAACAACCCUACUUGCAGGUUUGCUGA